AAACCUCAUGACGCGAAGCGCUCCAGAGAACGCAAAUACUUAGACACCCAUCGGAGGAUUACCAGCAGUAGGAAAUGGUUAACGAAUCGCUGUGGUUUAACCAGUGUCGUCUCUACAACGAAAACAGGAUUUUAAGCCUAUUGUAUAUAAAUAAUCCAACGAAAAGCGUCGGUUUUAUUCAGGAGUAUCUGCGUAACGUCUCAGGACUGGAUUAAAGGAGGAUGAGCCUCCAUUCAGCCUGGCUGCUGCUGCUCCUGUCGGUGUGCGCUGGGGUCUGGUCGGUGCCCAUUGACCGCAACCCGAGCCCGACCGAGGCGCCGCAUGAGGAGGAGAAGCCGGAGGAGAAUGUGGACACGGGCCUGUACUACGACCGGUAUCUCAGAGAGGUGAUCGAGGUCUUGGAGACGGAUCCACACUUCAGAGAGAAGCUGCAGACCGCCAACACAGAGGACAUCAAGAACGGGCGUCUGAGUAAGGAGCUGGACCUGGUGGGUCACCACGUCAGGACCCGACUGGACGAGCUGAAGAGGCAGGAAAUGUCCCGUCUCCGGAUGCUGCUCAAGGCCAAGCUGGACAGCACCAACACCCAGAGCCUGCAGAUCGACCACGCCUCCAUGCUGAAGCAGUUUGAGCACCUGGACCCCCACAACCAGAACACGUUCGAGGCCAAAGACCUGGAGCUGCUCAUCUCCACGGCCACCAAGGACCUAGAGAACUACGACGCGGAGCGCCACGAGGAGUUCAAGCGCUACGAGAUGCUGAAGGAGCACGAGCGGCGGGAGUACCUCCGGGGGCUGGACCAGGAGAAGAGGGAGGCGGAGGAGAAGAGGAUGGAGGAGCUCAAGGACAAACACCGCCACCACCCCAAGGUCAACGUGCCGGGUAGUGUAGCUCAGCUGCGGGAGGUGUGGCAGGAGACAGACGGUCUGGACCCCCACGAGUUCAACCCCAAGACCUUCUUCAAACUGCACGACACAAACGGAGACGGGCUUCUGGAUGAGCAGGAGCUGGAGGCUCUGUUCACUAAGGAGCUGGAGAAGGUCUACAACUCCAAGAACGAGGAGGACGACAUGAUGGAGAUGGAGGAGGAGAGGCUCCGGAUGAGGGAGCACGUCAUGAAGAAUGUGGACGCCAAUAAGGACCGUCUGGUGACGAUGGAGGAGUUCCUGAAGUCCACCCAGAAGAGGGAGUUCAACAACCCCAGAGAGUGGGAGACCCUGGACGACACCAAGCCCGUAUACACGGAGGCGGAGCUCCAGCGCUUUGAGGCGGAGCUUAAGGACAAGGAGGAGGAGCUGAAGCGGAGGGCAGAGACUCUGCGGCAGGAGCAGGACCUGCUCCACGAGAGGGGCAAGGCGCUGGACGCCCAGAGGAAGGAGUACCAGCAGGCCGUGCUGGAGAUGUCUCAGCGGCAGAACGAGCUGCCCGCAGCCGCGGACGCCAAGCAGCCCCCUACUGGCCCCCACGGAGAACUACAGUUUCACCAGGAGACCAACAAGCUGGAGGAUCAAGAGGUGAAAACACCAGUCGAACAGGAAGCUGACACUCCCAACAACCUACCUGCCGAGCCACCACAGAACCUGCCAACACACACACACACACACACACACACACACACACACACACACACACCUGAGCACUUCUAUAGGCCGACACACACACACACACCUGAACACUGCUGUACACAUAAUCAGACACACACCAACACUGCUGUAGGCCUACACGCACGCACACACAAACACACACACACAUACACACACACACAAAAGUGCACACGCAAGUGCCCCGUUUUUUUGGUUUGCAGUGACGCACAUCAUCGGAUAGCUUUGUUUCGUAAAGUAUUGAUUUCAGUUGAAUGAGAGGUCAAUCAUAAGAUAUAUACAUAUAUAUUUGUUAAUUUUUGUCAUGUGUUUGAAUAAAGUGAUGAAUUCAAUGUA